AUGUUUUGGACUACUCUUCUCAGCCUUGCGGCUUUCGCCGACGCAGCACCCCAGUUUGGCGGCGGCGGUGGCAUGACUAUGCUGCGGUUCGGAUGCCCUAACGUCGUUAUUGACCGGCUCGACCCUCUUGUUAACCCCGGUGUGAUCCCCUCUGCCCACGUCCACCAGAUUGUAGGAGGAAAUGGCUUCAACGCGUCGAUGACGACUGGCGAUGUUUCCUCAACUGCUACGUGCACAACUUGCCAAUUCAGCGAGGACUUCAGCAAUUACUGGACGGCCAACCUCUACUUCAAGGCUAAGAAUGGAACAUACAAGCGUGUCCCACAACUUGGCCAUGCGCUACAAUUCAACGACCAGUUCAGUACCCAGACUCAAGGUGGUAUCCUAGUCUACUACGUCUCGGCCCAGCCAGGUCAAAUUACUGCUUUCAAGCCGGGCUUCCGCAUGCUCUCUGGUGACCCAAUGCUGCGAACAGCCAACGCAACCAUGCAGAGACAAAACUGCUUCCGUUGCUACACUGGACCUAACUACGGAGGCGAUGUUGGCGCUCCCUGCAUGGACAACAACGUUGAUACUCAAGCCCUUCCCACCAAGCCAUGCCCAGGUGGUAUUCGAUCUAACAUUCUCUUCCCAACUUGCUGGGACGGCAAGAACCUCGACAGCCCCAACCACCAAGACCACGUCACAUACCCGACCACUGGACCAGCCAACUUCCUCAGCUUAGGAGGCUCCUGCCCGGCGAGCCACCCUAUCAGGAUUCCGCAACUGAUGUACGAAGUCGUGUGGGACACUACUAAGUUCAACGACCAGUCUGAGUGGCCUACUGAUGGAUCUCAACCUUUCUACCUGAGCACAGGUGACAACACUGGACUGGGCCAGCACGCCGACUACGUCUUCGGAUGGAAGGACGACGCUCUCCAGCGCGCUAUGGAUACCUCUGGCUGCUUUGGUGCUCGAUGCGCCGACCUGCUCACCCAGACCAUCGACAACGCCAGACAAUGCGCCGUACAGAAGGUCGUUGAUGAGGACGAGGAUGGAUGGCUUACUGAGCUCCCCGGUAUCUCUAUGCCCAUGUAA